AGCUCUGAACCUCUCAGAGCCUCCCAUCUAGGUCCGCAGGAGGCGGUAGCAUUUCUCUUUGUGGCUUUGCUCCAUACAGCUGUCAGUAGGUUUUGCAGCGAACUUCCAGAUCAUGAAGUUCCGCGUUUUUCUGCUCGUGUCCGUUUUGUUUUUAAGCGCCACCGCGGAUCUACAAGCACCCGAGGUCCAAAUAAGGCUUGGCAGAUUGAAAGGUCAGUAUGUGAGCGUAAAAGGGAAGGAGACCGGCGUUCAUGCCUUCCUGGGCAUCCCCUUUGCUAAGCCUCCCCUCGGCCCCACCCUGAGACUGGCCGCACCUCAGCCUGCAGAGGGAUGGCAAGGACUGAGAGACGCCACAAAGCAACCCAACAUGUGCAUUCAAGAUAUGGACUUUGUUGACAUUUUGUUUGAAAAACUCAGUGGAAUGAAGACAGAAACCCCAGAUAUUUCUGAAGACUGUCUGUAUCUCAACAUUUACACCCCUGCAAACAGAGCUCCUGAUGCCAAGCUCCCUGUCAUGGUGUGGAUCCACGGUGGAGGCUUUUCGAUUGGGUCUGCUUCAAUGUUUGAUGGUUCUGCUCUGGCUGCCUACCAAGAUGUGGUUGUGGUUCUGCUCCAGUAUCGAUUGGGCCUUCUGGGUUUUUUCAGCACUGGAGAUGAGCAUGUGUCUGGGAACUUUGGUCUUUUGGACCAGAUCCAAGCCCUGAAGUGGGUCAAGGAGCACAUUCACAACUUUGGCGGAAAUCAGGAUUUGGUCACCAUAUUUGGAGAGUCUGCAGGUGGAGUUAGCGUGUCCCUUCUGCUCCUGUCUCCAUUGUCUCAUGGCCUGUUUCAACAUGCCAUUGCUGAGAGUGGCACAGCUUCAAUGGAUGCAGUUUUUAUGCAUUAUCCUGUUCCAGUAAUGCAGGCCACUGCAAAUGCAUCGGGCUGUAGCCUCGAAAGCUCAGAGAAGAUUGCUAAAUGCAUGAGGAACCUUGGUAUUGAUACCAUAUUGACAUUGGGGAAGGAUCCAAAUUUGAGAUUUGUUGUAAGUAUUGAUGGGCACUUCCUGACCAAACCUGUGCCUGAGCUGCUCCGGAAGCAUGAACUCCUCACUAUACCUUUGAUGACCGGUGUUAAUGAUCAUGAAGGGGGAUUUAUCCUUCCCGAUCAACUCGCUCCUGCAAACUGGACAGAAGGAAUGGACCGAGAGCAGCUUGCAAACAUGUUGUUUUUCUUCUACCCGAUGCCGGAAGAUGGACCUAUCAGAGAGUUCAUUUUAAAUGAAUAUGUUGGAGGUGGUGAAGACCGCAUCAGAAACAGAGAUGGAAUGACUGAGCUGCUUGGAGAUUUCUUUUUUAACAUUCCUGUCAUUAAGAUAGCAAAUGCGCAUAGAGAUGCAGGCGCUGCUGUGUACUUGUAUGAGUAUCAUCACGCUCCCAAGUUCCUUCAGAAAAGAAGGCCCAGCUUUGUUAAAAGUGACCAUGCAGAUGAGAUCUUCUCUGUGCUUGGAUCUUGCUUCACAACGACCCAUGUGAAGCUAAUUGAACCAUGCCCUGAAGAGGAGAAAGUGUUGAGCAAGAUCAUGAUGAGCUACUGGGGCAACUUUGCUCGCACAGGGUCCCCCAAUGGAGAUGGCCUCGUCAACUGGCCUAAAUAUGGAGCAGAAGAAAAGCAUCUGUCUAUUGAUUUAAAGGAGCAGGUACCAGUGCAGUGGCUUCGGAAGGACCGGUUCAUCUUUGUGACUCAGACUCUGGAAAAAAAGAUACAGCAGCAUAGGAAGGAUGUGGAGAACAAUAAAUCACCCGAGGUCCAAACAAGUAAUGGCAGACUGAAAGGUCAGUAUGUGAGCGUAAAGGGGAAGGAGGCCGGCGUCCACGCCUUCCUGGGCGUCCCCUUUGCUAAGCCUCCCCUCGGCCCCACCCUGAGACUGGCCGCACCUCAGCCUGCAGAGGGAUGGCAAGGACUGAGAGACGCCACAAAGCAACCCAACAUGUGUAUUCAAAAUAUGGACUUUGUUGACAAGCUGCUUGAAAAACUCAAAGGCUUAAUAUUGGAAAUCCCAGAUAUUUCUGAAGACUGUCUGUACCUCAACAUUUACAUCCCCUGCAAACAGAGCUCUGAUGCCAAGCUCCCUGUCAUGGUGUGGAUCCACGGUGGAGGCUUUCUUCUUGGGUCCGCAUCAGGGUAUGAUGGUUCUGCUCUGGCUGCAUACCAGGAUGUUGUUGUGGUUCUGAUCCAGUAUCGACUGGGAGUUCUGGGCUUUGUCAGCACUGGAGACGAGCAUUUGCCAGGAAACUUUGGCAUUUUGGACCAGAUCCAAGCCCUGAAGUGGGUCAAGGAGAACAUUCACAGCUUUGGAGGAAACCCAGAUUUGGUCACCAUAUUUGGGGAGUCUGCUGGUGGUGUUAGCGUUUCACUCCUGCUUCUGUCUCCACUGUCUGAUGGCCUGUUCCACCGAGCCAUUGCAGAGAGUGGUACAGCUGCAAUGGAUCUCCUUGUUAUUAAUGAUCCUGUCCCAGCUAUGCAGGCGGUUGCAAACGCAUCAGGAUGUAGCCUGGAGAGCACAGAGAAGAUUGCUGAGUGCAUGAGGAACCUGGACAGGGACACCAUACAGACAGUAGGGAAGGAUCAGAAUUUAAGGUAUCCUGUAAAUGUUGAUGGCCACUUCCUGACUGAGCCCGUGCCUGAGCUGUUCCAGAAGCACAAACUCCUCACUGUGCCAUUUAUGACUGGCAUUAAUAAUCAUGAAGGAGGUUUUGUUCUUUCUGAUCACUAUGCUCCACCAAACUGGACAGAAGGAAUGGAUCAAGAGCUGGUCAGAAACAUCCUGUUCGCCUUUUACCCCCUUCCUGAGCAGGCAGUCAUCAGAGACUUGAUUGUUAAUGAAUACACUGGAUCUGGUGAAGACCGCAUUCGAAACAGAGAUGGAUUUACGGAGCUGCUCGGAGAUUUCUUUUUUACUAUUCCAGCCAUUAAAGCGGCAAAUGCUCACAGAGAUGCAGGCGCCGCUGUGUACUUGUAUGAGUAUCACCACGCUCCCACAAUUCUGCAGAAAAUAAGGCCGAGCUUUGUUAAAUGUGACCAUUCAGAUGAAAUCUUAUCGGUGCUGGGAUUGUGCUUCACAACGACCCAUGUAAAAUUAGCUGAUGCAUGUCCCAAAGAGGAGGAAGAGUUUAGCAGAAUCAUGAUGAACUACUGGGGCAACUUUGCUCGCACAGGGUCUCCUAAUGGCGAUGGCCUCGUCAACUGGCCCAAGUAUGGAGAGGAGGAAAAGUACCUGUCCCUUGAUUUGAAGGAGCAGGUGUCUGGUCACUCCCUCAAGAAGGACCGGUUUGUCUUCCUGACCCAAACUCUGCCAGAGAAGAUCAAGAAGCUUGAGGAGAAAGUGGAGCACAGCGAGCUGUAGUGCAGACUUAUGGAGAUUUAAAAACAGUGCAAGAGUGAAACGAUCUUUUAGCUAGUAGGUUGUCAUUUUAAAGGCACCUACCUACUGUCGAUACUGAUUUUGCUGGGAUUUUGUUUUUUACAGGAUUCCUCUACAUUUCCUCUUCUAAAGUUUUUUGUUUUAUAAUUAUUUCUGUAUGUUUUUCUCUCUUCCAAGGUUCUAUUAAAUUCUUUUACAUGAGAAAUUUGAUUAUGCAGCGUCUACUUUGAAAAUUCUCAUGAUGCAUGUAUUUACAUUGCCUGUAUGUUAGACAAACUGUAAGGGUGUAACUGUAAACAGAUUCAACUUCUGUUUCUUUGUAUUUGCAAUGGAAACCCCUUACAUUAUGAUGCUUAAUAGUCACUGGGUGAAAGUACAGUAAUGUAAACAAUUGUUUUUGUACUUAACUGCUCAAGAUCACCAAAAAAGAUCAAGUAAAUAAAGAAAACAGUGAAAACUGUUUUAAAUCUC